AUGCGCAUACCAGAAACCGCGGACAGAUGGCGAGCAUAUCCUGGUUGCGCAUGCGCAGUGUGCCCUGGUCGCCAUGGAGACGCGUGGUCAGGUUCUCAGCUCCAGGAGCUGCUGGCUGGGCUGCGGCGGCUUUUCCGCUGCCCCAGGCGCGGGUCACGGCCCCCGGGGCGGAUGGAUUGUCACGGCGGGACCGGGGCUUACGGCGACGAGGCGGAGGAUGAGGACGAGGACGAGGAACGAGUGGGCUGCACAGAGGACUUGGGCUCCAAGGUGUCCAGGCUGCCCCCCAUAGAGAAUAAUGCAUCACAACUGACCAAACGGAAGGUGAAAAAGAAAAAGAAGAAGAAGACCACCAAGGGGUCGGGCAAGGCAGAUGAUAAACACCAGAGCCACAGCCUGAAGGUCCAGCAGCUGUCUUCACCUUUUCACGACAUCUUACCUCCCAGCAAAGAUCAAGGCCCAAGGCUGGAGCACAGAGCAGACAAGGAUGAGAACAGGUUUGGCCCUUCUUUCUCUCCCCCUGGGCAUGCCCCGCACAUGUCUGAGAUAGAAGAGUAUCUCUCAAACCAAGUCAACGAGAGCCUGCGCUGGGACGGGAUUCUGGCCGACCCAGAGGCAGAGAAGGAGAGGAUCCGAAUCUACAAGCUGAACCGGAGGAAACGCUACCGGGGCUUGGCCCUUAAGAGCUUCCACUCUGACCCCAAUUCCGAGGAGGCCCCGGAGAACCUCCCCUACCUCUCAGAUAAAGACAGCAGAGCCAACAGCACGCAGCCCUCCUUCAGAGCUGACCCCCCUCACCACUUCUUUGAAGGGAACCUGACAGCAAAGCUCCUACACUCAGACUUAGCUGCUGCUCUGCCAAAGUGAAGAGCCCCCACCCGACUCCACCUCCCACGACACUGGCAAGCUUAUGAUUUACCCUUCCCACAACAUUAUAUUAAAAAAAGAAUAAUAAAGGAAAUCAGACCUACUUCUGAAAGAAGCAGGUGUCCGACACGAUGAUAAGACUAACUUCCUUCCCCUUUCACCAAGCUGCCCUUCUGCCACAGCUCCAGAAGAGCACAGACAGUAUAUUAAAGUUCCUCUCAAAGCCUCCUCUCCUCA